AUGGAUUUCGAGGUGCAGGUGGUAGAGUCGUCAUUUGUAACGCCGACCGAGCCGGCACCGAGGAAGGGGCUUUGGCUCUCUUCUUUAGACCUCGUGCAGGCCAACAAAGGCCACACCCCAACGAUCUACUUGUACAGCUCCAAGGAUGUUGCUGCUGCUGAUUUCUUCAACGUGGCCAGGCUCAAGAAGGCUAUGGCCAAGGCCUUGGUGGCCUUCUACCCCCUCGCCGGCCGCCUUGGCGUCAACGACGAUGACGAUAGGAUGGAGAUCAGCUGUAACGGCGAAGGUGCACUCUUUGUUGUCGCUCACGCUGAUGAUCUCAGUGUCGAUGACGUCAAGCAAUUCAAGCCAUCGCCAGAGCUGAGGAGACUGUUUGUUCCACGUGACUUUCUUGAAGUGUGGAGGGUGGCGUUAGGAACAGCUCUCCAUCACGUCGCCAUAGAUGCUUCAAGUGCAUUCCACUUUUUUCAGACAUGGUCGGCCUUCUCCAAGCACGGUGACCACGCUGCCGUGGAGCUCCCGUGCCACGACCGCACCCUACUCCGUGCACGGUCCCCGCCCACAGUCCACCCCGACGCACUCUUGACAUUGCACCCUAAGCUCAUCUUCUCUGACCCUGACGGACCUCUUGCCUUCGAAGUGUUCACCAUUUCCAGGGACCAGGUCGCCUCCUUGAAGCACCUCUGCGGUGGCACGAGCACCUUUUGCGCCCUGAGCGCUCUCAUCUGGCAGUGCACGUGCGUUGCGCGCCGGUUUCCACCAGAUUCUGAAGUGCGCAUCGUGUUCCCGGCCGACCUCCGGCGCCGGAUGAGGCCACCCCUCCCGAGCCACUACUUCGGCAACGCGGUGUUCAGGCUAUGCGUCACCAGCGCGGCGGGGGAAAUUGGCACGGCGGCAUUGGGAUCCAUCGCUGCCCGCAUCAAGGGCACCGUCGAGCGGAUGGAUGAAGAGCUGGUGCGGUCCGCGAUUGACUACUUCGAGAUGGCCGAGAUGGACGAGAGACCGACUUUGAGAGGCACCCUGCCACAGACGGACCUGCAUAUUACCAGCUGGUUCGGUAGGCCACAGUACGAUGCAGAUUUUGGUUGGGGAAAACCGCAAUUCAUGUCGCGGGCGGAGUCCGUCCGUGGCGGCUAUGUGUACUUGAUGAACGAUGAGGGGACGAUGGACGACGGUGGUGGCAGCGGCGACGUCCGCGUGCUCGUGUGCAUGGAGGCUGUAAAUAUAAAGGAGCUAGGGCGGCUGCUUUAUGCAAAGCUCUAG